AUGGCCACGCCGCCUCCCACCGACUCCGACCAGUUGGUUCUACCUGCUACUGAGAAUACCUUCUGCUAUUUCUCUGUUUGCCAGGUUUUGGUAGAGGCAAAUGGUGUAACACGGACAUUGCUUAUGAAUAGGCCAAAGCAGUUGAAUGCCCUCUCCUCUGCAAUGAUAACAGGAUUUUUGAGGUGCUUCACUGCUUAUGAGGAAGAUGAAGGAGUUAAACUAUUGAUUGUGAAGGGGAAAGGAAGAGCAUUUUGUGCUGGUGGAGAUGUUGCUGCAGUUGUCCGGUCUAUAAAUAAUGAUAGCUGGAAAUAUAGUGCUCAUUUUUUCCGAAAUGAAUUUCUGUUGAACUAUAUCAUUGCAACAUAUAACAAACCUCAGGUUUCACUUCUCACUGGAAUUGUCAUGGGUGGAGGUGCCGGUGUUUCUAUACAUGGAAGGUUCCGAGUUGUCACAGAGAGCACGGUUUUUGCUAUGCCAGAAACAGCAUUGGGUCUCUUUCCAGAUAUUGGGGCCUCAUAUUUUCUAUCUCGACUUCCUGGGUUCUAUGGAGAGUAUGUUGGUCUUACUGGUGUAAGGUUGGAUGCUCCUGAAAUGCUUUCUUGUGGCCUGGCCUCAUUUUGUCUAGUAUGCUCACUCUUGCAGAGGCUGGCUUUGUUAGAAGAAUCACUUAAAAAGGUUGAUACAUCUGAUCCCUUUGCUAUAUGUGGAAUUAUCGAUCAAUAUUCGCAACAACCAUCUCUGAAAGAAAAAAGUGCUCUGAAUAGGCUGGAAAUCAUCAACAAAUGCUUUUCCAAAAGAACAGUAGAAGAAAUCAUAGCCUCUCUUGAACAAGAGGCUCCAAAUGUUGCUGAUGAAUGGGUUGCUUCUGCAAUCCAGUCCCUGAGGAAGGCUUCUCCUACUAGUCUGAAAAUAUCCCUGAGAUCGAUAAGAGAAGGGCGAACACAAACUGUUGGUGAAUGCUUACGUCGAGAAUAUAGGAUGGUUUGCCAUGUGAUGCGUGGUGACUUCAGUAGAGACUUCUUUGAGGGAUGCAGGGCUAUAUUGUUGGAUAAAGAUCGAAACCCAAAGUGGAUGCCUCCAAGGUUGGAAGAGGUGCACGACGAGGUGGUGGAAAAAUAUUUUUCCAAAGUCGAUGAUCCAGAGUGGGAAGAUUUGGACCUACCUCCUAGACGUUCCCAUGGAAGGAGGCUUGUUCCCAAGCUUUGAUUCAAUGAAAAGCCUCUUGUGAAAAACUGAAGCCUUUGUUGGUGCUUCUGAAUAACAGACAGAUCGUCCCCAGUUUGAGGGAUACAUGGAGACAAGCGAUGAAGUUUAUUUAUAAUAAAGCUGAAACAUAUUAUAGGUUAACAAUUUUAUUAGCAAAUUAGAGAAGUCCCUCUCAUAGUCUCAUGCGAUGCUUAUAUUGGUAUCGCUAUUGUGCUUUUUUCAAGGUGUGAAGGUACGCUUCAAGCUAAAGCCCAGCUGCAUUCAAACGGCGGCCCAUAUGAUACUGCUAUCAGGCCAUCCUAUUGGGCUUUGAAGCUACCUUCUGCUUGUAGAUUCCAGGUAAUCUUUUAUAUAUUGUAUAAAAGAAAUUCACAAUUUCAUAAGUUUGCACCGUGUUGUUUUUUAUAGUAAGGCUUCGAAAAGGUUGUAAGA